AUGGCUCAAUACCAACCAAUAAUCACCGCCCCAGAAGAUUACAAAACCGCGCAUAAACGGCGAAUCAUCUAUAUUCGUCCAUUUCUCCUCUUUUGGCUCAGCUGUCUUUUCAUCGAAAUUGUUUUCCUUGCUGUUGGUGUCUUUAUCAUGACUGGCACCCGCGACCUCUUCCAGAAGGUUAUGUGGACGAUUGUGUUCUGUCCCCUAGGCAUGGGUGGAACCCUGGGUGGCCUCAUAAACACUUUCAUCGUCGACCACCACUACGGAAAGAAAGCUGCUCAUUUCACUGCCAUCUUGACGCUACUGGUUCUCAGUACAUGCAACUACCUCUGCUAUAGCUUGGACCGGCACUUUGGAUGGUUCGGGGCCUCUGAACAUCCCAUGUGGUUCCACUGGCGAUAUCCUGCGCUCUGGGUGAUCGGAUACGUGAAUGGCUUACUGCUAUUCACAGAUAAGGGACAGGAGAUGCUGGCGAGAAUGAAGCUUUAG